AUGGAACUAGUCGGUGAAUCUCGACUGUAUGAUGAUCUAUCCAUAUUUAUCCCUCAAGAUGCUAUAUUUGAAAUUUUGGAAUUAAUCAAAAAGGAGAUGCCUAUUGCCACAAAUAAAAAUGAUAAAAAAUGGGAAAAUGUGUUAAACGAUAAAAUGUGGGAUAAAAAGGAUGAAGUGGUAGCCAAAAAAGCUAAAAUUAAUAAAAAAGGUAAAAAGAAGGGGGCAAAAACGAAGGUAGAAGUGAACAACCCGGAUGUAGAUAAUCGGGACGAUAAUUCAAUUAAAUUAAUUGAAAGUGAUCAGAAAGAAAGUGAGCUUGAUAAUCAACAAAAUGAGAGAGAAAAAUUAGACAGAAAGCCAGAAAAUCAAAUUUUGGAGUUAAAAAAUAGCCAAGAUCAAGAAGAAUCUGAAGAAUCCGAACAAUCACAAAUUAGUGAAAAUAACAGCCAAAAUAUCAAAAAAUCAAAGAGAAAUUUACAAAAAAGAAUAAAUCAAAAAGCUAGAAGAGAAAAUAAAAGUAAAAAUGAAAGUUUGGUGUUAAAAGAAAAUUUGGAAAGUUAUGCGGAAAAAAGAAAUUUGAUAAAAUUGUACGGCGAAUUUAUAGAGGUGGAGAAUUUUAACUGA